GCUUAUUACAUGCAGGUUGUUGCUAGAUUAAAAGCAAGACAUCAGUUAAUGAAUUUAUACAGAAUAAGACAUAAGAGAUAUGUAUAUAGGGGGUGAUGGGGUGGAGUCAGCAGAGGUGAAGGAGAGCUCUGUGGCGCUCCAACUGGGUCUCCGGAAACCACCUGACAUCAAAGUGGAAGAGUACUACCCCACUUUCCUCAAUAUGGCCAAGAAUUUCAUGGAAGGAAAUAUCGACACAACGACGUAUGAAGACACGUGUCGUGAGAUGUUCGGAGUCAAUGCCUACGUCGUGUUCACCAUCGACCGACUCGUACAGAACAUCGUCAGACAGCUUCACGCUAUUAUCUCGGAAGAGAGUUGCUAUAAGAUGAUUCCUGUACACAAGCUUUGUUGAGAACAUACCACCCUCUUUUGUACGUGGAGAGUCUCGAUUGGGGGCGGAGUCAGCCUACCAGAGGAAGGCGGAGUCUCUGAUGGGAGAUGACAAUUGCUGCCGAGUUGUCUUUAAAGACUACACUUUGACCUUUGAACUUUUAGUUUAGUUUUAUCUUCCUAAUUGCAGUUGCUUACAUUCCUUUAACAUUCUUCUUUUUCUUCGUUGUAAUCUUCAAAUUCAAUGGAACUUCACCAAUGCUGAAAGGUUUCAUUAGUAUUUCCCAAGGACUUGUUUCACCUAUAUCUGCAAAAGCUUUUCUUUCUGUUAUUUCAAGGAAAGCUUAUAUUGAGAAUUUCAUUAGAGCUUUAGGUAGCUUUUAUGGCAUCUGGAAUUUAGAUUUCUUUCGUAUAAUCAAAGUACAUGCUUUAUAUCGUAUUCUUUGCUGUUGUCCUUCAGUACAUAUACUGUCGUGAAUAUUAGUAACUCAGUAGUAGUGUUGAGAAAUUUUAAAUAGGAGAGUAAAAAGAAGGUAGCAAAAGCAUUCACCAUCGACCCUUCCAUAUCCCAGCUUUGACUAACUAAACUGAAAACCUUAUGAAAAGGUAUCCACAACCAAACAACUAUACGUACAUCACGGCUAUGCAAACUAAUGAGAAAGUAAGUCAGAAUAACCAGUACCAAUGGAUAAAAGGCAAUAGCAUAGUCCAAAGCAAGCACCUGUAUUUGACUGAUUUCCGUCGCACAAAUAGGUGGAAUGACAGUACGAAAAAAAUCCAAAUUCCAGGUGCUAUAGGGUGCAGCCUAUAGAAAUUCUCAAUGUACGCCUUCCCUGAAAUGACAGAAAGAAAAGCUCGAAUGGAAAUAGGUGAAAAAAGUCCCUGGGACACACCAAUGAACAACUUCAGCAAAGGAAAAGUUUCGUUAAAUUUAAAAAUUAUGAAAGAAUGUUAAAGGAAUGUAAGCACACAUGUCUGACCUCCUCUGCAUGAGUACUGCCAUUACUCAUUAGACAAUGACAUCGCCAGAAUUUGUCAUCAGUGAUUAUGAGCCCACUACUGACAAUUAUGACUUCGUCAAUACGCGCUCUUGGUAGUGGAGUCGGGCUCGGGCUACUCUGUGCUGUAUAAGAAUAUUAUAAUAUGGGGGCCAAACCUAGGCUAAUCAAAUUGGGGACAAAAUCAAGUAGAGUUUAGGAUUACUUUCCUCUCUUCUUCUUCCCCCGCCGAGCAUAAUUAUAAUAAGACACGUAAACUUUUUUUUUUUAAACUUCGAUCCCAGGCCGAGUUGUCUUUUCAUAAAAAUCGGUCUGAGUACAAAAAUGCCAAAGGAAGCUACACUAGACAGUACACUAUAUACUAAUAAUUAUAGUCAACUUUAGUAUACAAUCAUGGCUCUGGAACAACUGUUGAGCCAUACUUUGCAUCUUUUUGGGGGGCAGAAAUCAGCGGGGUAUUUGGAGAGGAGUAAUUUGAUGGAUUCUCUAACCGAUGUGGAAUAUCACUCUCUGAAAAUGACUCUUCAAUUUGUGGGAUGUCAGGCUGAGCUCGAAAGCUCCGAAAUUUGCUUAUGCACCAAGUUUUGAGAUGUUUCUUUACCAGAAGCAACCAAAUGAUCAACGCAAAAAAAUAGAUGGUUGGGAUAAUUCCAAUGAGUGCUAGAAUCAAAUGAGAAAAUGUACUGAAGUAGGAAGCUUUGAUGCCAGCUUCAUCUUCUGCGAUUAUCAUAAUGAGCAGUCCACUAAGAAUCAGUAGCAUGAAGGCAUCUGUUAUGUUGUACGCUUUGAAUUCUUCCUUGUAUGGUCGUAACGAAAGUUGCAUAAACAUGAGAGUAACUGUGACUAACGCUCCAAUAGAACAACAAUAGAUACUUUGCGAUAAUGUAAAUAGUACGAACACAAUCAUCUGAAGAAUAAAGAAUGCCACAGAAAACCAUCGAUAAUCUCUGGUACCAUUCGUUCCAUCCUUGUAGUAACCUUGGUAACAGUUGACAAACAUGUCAAGACGUUGACGCUGAAUUUUCAAAGCAUUAAGACACUUCUGAAACCAUUUCAUCGGAUAUAUGAUCAGAAACACUAUAGGAAGUAUUACAGCAAAAACUCCAACAAACAAAGCUACUAUUGCAUACGGAAGAUGUUCGCGUCCAAAGAAUUCCACUGUGGCAUCAUAGUAAAGUACAUACUUUAUAACAUAUUCUUUGCUGUUAGCUUCCAGUACAUACAUUCUAGUAAAUACUAAUAACUCAAUAGUAGUGUUGAGAAAUUUUAAGUAGGAUAGUAAAAAGAAGGUAGCAAAAGCAUUCACGAUCGACCCUUCCAUAUCCCAGCUUUGACUAACUAAACUGAAAAACAUAUGAAAAGGUCUCCACAACCAAACAACUAUACGUACAUCACGGCCAUGCAAACUAAUGAGAAAGUAAGUCAGAAUAACCAGUACCAAUGGAUAAAAGGCAAUAGCAUAGUCCAAAGCAAGCACUUGUAUUUGACUGAUGUCCGUCGCACAAAUAGGUGGAAUGACGGUACGAAAGAAAUCCAAACUCCAGAUACCAUAAAAGGUAUCAAAAGCUCUAAUAUAAGCUUUCCUUGAAGUAACAAAAAGAAAAGCUCUUGCAGCUAUAGGUGAAACAAGUGCUUGGGAAAUAUUAAUGAAACCUUUCAGCAUUGGUGAAGUUCCAUUGAAUUUAAAGAUUACGACGAAGAAAAAGAAGAAUGUUAAAAGAAUGUAAGCAACUGCUAUGUACUUAAUCCAGUUGUAGGUCAUGUUCUCUCCAGUGCAGUUCAUGCAUUUCAUUUCAUACGAGUACAAGAGUGGUGAAUAUCCUGGUAGACACUGCCCACACAGUGUUGAAUCGCGGUUCAUUCUUCCACAAGAGUAUGUAUUAAGAUCGUCUGUGUUAUUUGGAAGUAGAUAAAACACAGUAUCUGUUUUAUGCCCGCAACCAUACACACAUCUUCCUAAUUGAGUUUCAUUGCUCUCACUAUCGUAAGUCAUACAAUAGCAAUCAAGAAUGGAUGUCCUACUGAUUUCAGCAUCACAUAGUAUAGAGCGAUAUGGAAUGUUACUACAUUCACAUUUUCCAUUUGUUGAAUUACGAAACAUCCACGGAUAACAAGACAUGUCAUGAUCUUCGAUUACCAUUGAACCAAUAAACUUCUCUGAACUCAAAUCUUUCAUUAAACUAGCUUGUGUUGUUGAUAAAGUUUCACAGGGUAUUUGUAUCUUUGUCCAGCAAGUAUUGUUAUCCACUGCUUCAGUGUUUGCUUUUACUGGCACAGAAUUAGCAGUAGCAAUCAUAAGAAGCGAAUUGAGUGUUAACAUUAGGAGAUAGAAGAAAUCCAUACCUAUAUCUUAGACUAUAAUAAUAGCUAUUGAUAUUUUGAUGCAGUAGGAGUAAAUCCACUAAUUAUAGCGACUGCAUAUGAUAUACAUGUGAAUGAAAUUGAAAACAGUACGUUUAAUUAAAUAAUCAACUUCUGUUUAUUUCACCUGAGAGUUCGGUAAGUAGAGGCUUGCCUAGCAUAUAUAGUGUAUGCUUAAAAUAUGUAUUAGUUAAGAAACAACACAGCUAGCUCUAGACGGUGUCUAGACCAGCUCUCUUCAGCUAUGCCAGGCUAGUAGGCAAGCAAAGGUAAGCUUAAAAUAGCCACUCCUAUAUUAUUACUAAACUGGCUUCUUUUUAUUUAAAUACAGAAGCUGAACAGGCCUAGUGCAGUGCGUGCAGUACUAGUGCUACUGAGCAAGGCUCAGCCUGAGCCCUAGCCCUCUCCCAGAGUGUCUCUAAAGCAGCUCCUUCUGCAAGCACACAGCAGAAUUUUUGAUGAACUAGUCUACAGACUACACCCUCUGUCUCUAUGUUUUCAUUUAUGACAUUUUGUUUCUCAUGCAAGACAUUUUCAUUCAUCGAAAACACA